UUUCUCCGAAUUGGCUCGCUGGUCGAUUGCAACUGAAUGUCAAGGUCCAACUCCAGCUUUCCUUCAGCAGUAACAGCAAACUUGUGACCGGGAGUCUGUCGUUGGAGUUCGCAGGCCGGAAUAUUAUAAUCGGACAUCCCGCCAUUUCCCGGAUACCACAAUGUCGUUCUGGCGAUAAAUCCACCUCGACUCAAAAAAUACUGCUACUGCACCAGCUACUUCUGGUAGCAAUCUCAAGCUCCGAAGUUACUCGGACUUGAACUCGUUGGAUACAAGACGACAUUUGGCCAGGAUGAAGUCGGCGACCAUAUUCUCUCAGCCCUUGACGGCAUCGUCGCGAUUCUACAAGCUUUGCGCUCAGAUCCUGCAACCAUCUUUUCGACGACACGAAUCCACCUACCGACGAGCGAGAUCGAAACUCAAUAUCAAGCCUGAUGCUUCUUUUCUGCCAUCAAAGACCGAGCAGCAUGAUCACAUAAUAUACAACCCUCCUCCCAGUAUGCCGAAUAUCUACCAUACACCAAACAUUUUCCUACCAAAGAAUGACCGAAGAAAAAUCAUGUCAGAUCCGGAAACACGCACCAAGCAAAUGCUACUGAGUCAACAGGUAUCGCCCAUGAAAGGUCACAGAGAGAAGCGGUAUCAUUUGACAGAAAAGGAGGUGGAAGAGAUGAAGCAGUUAAGGAAGGAUGACCCGAUGCAGUGGAGCGUCAAUCAUUUAGCGAAGAAGUUUGAUUGUUCCCCGAUAUUCGCCAUGUAUGCCACCGAAGGACUUGCGCCAGAGAAGCAAGAGCAGCAAAAGCUGGUUACCGAAGUUGUCAAGUCGCGAUGGGGAAAGAAGAGAAGAGAAGCACGCGAGGACCGGGCAUUGAGAAAAGAAAGGUGGUAUAGGGACGAAUAGUGGUGUACUAGGAAUACUGUGCCAACACGUAGAACGAGAAAGACUGUACUCUAAUACAUUACUGUCGUCGCAGGAUAUACACGGUUGUGGUGAUUUUCUUUCUGUCCAAGCGGUCCUAUACGAGAGUGUUCCUCCGAAAUCCGACAACCCUCGUUCAUCUUGGAGUCGAUUGGCGGAUUUGCUUCUUGUACUCUAGUUUGAGCGUAACGCAGGCCGAAUUACCCGCACAUAACCACAAUCGUCUUGAUAAACAUAUAUGCUGCAGUUCAGAACGAGCUUGAGCAUUCCAUCGAAGAGAUUCGCUCUGCCCAUUUCUGCCCUGAAGCCCAGCGUCCCUCGCCUGCGUCCAUCUGCAUUCACGCCGCUACGAACCUACUACGGUAAUAUCUCAGACGACAAGAUGGCACCUCAAUUAGAGCCUUAUUUCAAGAAGUAUGAGACAGACCUCGUUUGACCAGGCACGUUUGA